AUGGCGAUGGCGAGCGUUGCCCGGCGGAGGGCCUCCUUUGCGAUGCUGUCGGUUCGGGGUGCGCUUGGGAGUGGCUACGGCGUGCUGUGGGGCAGCAGGGGAUUCGCCUCGGGGGCGGAGGAGAACGACGUGGUGGUGAUCGGGGGCGGGCCUGGGGGAUACGUUGCGGCGAUCAAGGCCGCGCAAUUGGGGCUAAAGACCACCUGUAUCGAGAAGAGGGGUACCCUCGGUGGUACCUGCCUCAACGUGGGAUGUAUUCCUUCCAAGGCGAGCUGUCCCUCCCUCCUUUUCUCAUUUCUUUCUCGCUGCCCUCUUUGGUUUGUUCUCGUCAUUUGCCCUUUGAAGUUAUUUUUCGUAAUGGUGCUCCCAUCGGGGUUUAGUUUGGGAUCUGCUGACGAGCGUGGUGCUUUGACUUUAGGGCUCUAGUGGAUCUCCUUUUUCCUUGGUGGCUCUCUGUUUAAUUUCUACGUUUCUGCGACUAUGUUGUCUUCCAAUUUAUUGGACGGGAGGCCUUCAAAUGUAUGCUGUUUCUUUUUCGAGGUGGAUAUCAAAAAGAUGGUUUACAUUCUUCAUUGUUUAGUAGUCUUCCUAAAUAAAACAACUCCCCCGAUUUGAUGACAACUGCACUUUUUUCGUAUGUUUAACGGAUCAAGUAGGGUUUUAUUUCUCUGAAAUGUAAACGACGAGAAAUUGUUAUUCCCUCCAAUGCACAAUGGAUCCAGCUUCGCUGACACAAUCAUAGGUGACGUCUUCGCCACCAUCGUUGUUAAAUCUAUUCAAAGUUGAAUGCAUGAUGCUUUCCCAUCAAUGAUAUGGAGAUUGAAUAAGCGUCCUAGUCAAAUUUUCAUUCUUUUUCUCAGUUCACGUUUAAUUUAAAUCCACGAUAAUAGAACGUGUAUUGUACAACGAAUGCAAACAGGUGGGGUCUGAAAAACGAAAUAUGGACUUGAUUUUUUGACAAUCCUUCUCUUUAUAUGAAUAGGGAAUUUUCUCGUAGAGAGGAGUCAGGGUCACAUGUGAGGGUGGAAACUUAUGUGACCAUCUUUGUCUUAUCCUGAUUAAGAUGGGGAUAUGGCGUUGUUUGGAUAAGAAUAUACACCACAGGCCAGGUAAAGGGAAGGCAUGAAUGGCUAGGAAAAAGACCGGGAGAAAUCAUUUCUUAGCAGGAAUUUUCUUGCAUGAAAGAGCAGAAAGUGGAACAAUUAAAGGUGCAUGCAACAAUGAUGACGAAGAAUUCACCCGCCAAAAGGGAAAAAUUAUGAGGACAAUGUAAUUUGGUGAUCCAUGUAAUAGUAAAAUCCUGCUGAAAAUUUGUUUUGUUGGUUUCAAACUGUUACUCUCAAAAUUUUUAUACUUAAACUUCACCGUCCUCAACUCGGUCAUGUUUCCCUCAAUUGUCUUUAUGCAUGGAGGUUUCCAUAAGCCCCCUUCCAAUUGUAAUAUUGCCAGAAUCAACCUUUUGCCCUCAAUGUAUUUGCAUGUGGAAGUAAAGCUUUUUGUGAUAGGCUACACAGUAAAGCUUUUUGAUCUCUUUGGGGCAUGCUUUUGUCAUAUCUUUGUUUAUUAUAGUCGGACAUAUGCUUCUUAUUCUUGACUAUUUCUGUAGAUGAGAUUGGAAUUGUUUCUUUUAUGUUUGAGAAAUAUUCACGGAGGCAUUUUUCUGAUGGUUUAAUUACAGAUGCAUGCAAAAAAUAGGGUAGUAGUCAGCUUCUCAUCAUGCUUUGUCUCCAUUUCACAAAAUAGAUGGCAAAUUGACCCAUUUUUGUCAUUUUCCUUUUUGUGAGAUUUACACGUUUCUGAUUUUGGUAGAUUGAAGGUUUGUCCUUUGAACAUGUUAUAGAUGUUAUAAAAUGAAUCACCAGCAUAGGCUUCCAUAACAGACAAAAUCUGCUCCUAAUUUUAUUUCAAUGCAGACCUAAUUUUGGUAGGAUUAGGUUGGGUUGUAUACUGUGAAAUGUAUAGUGUUUCAAGUUUCAGAUUCAGGGUGAACGAAUCUCAGCUUGGGAUUAGCCCAGCCUAUAGAAACUUCAACAAAAGGUUUAUUCAUGUUUUUUUGUGGGAUAGCCCAAUCAAACUUGCAACUGCACAGAGAAUUUUCGCACAAAAUUCUUGAGAUUAAUUGGCUGAUUUUCUAGUUUAGUUUCCUUUCCCUCGUUGGUUUAUUCUCGCAAACAGAGGACUCUGUGAAACAUGUGAGGUGUUUAAGUGAUCUUGGGAUACCACUCAAUGAUGUAUUACAUUGCCUUUGAAAAUUGUUCAGUUGAUCCAAGCUUGUUUUCUUUCCCUAGAGCUGCCUUUUCUUUGAUCAAGAAUGUACUCAACUUCUCAUCUUUUGUAUAGUUUUCUCAAUCCACUUUCUUCAUGUUCAUUUCUGAUCCGUUAAUACUGUUGGGUAUCUACAACAGUUCAUGAAUCUGAUUCUGCCCAACUUUCUCUCCUGUUUACUUUGUGCCAGGUUAGUGUGUGUCCUUUAUUUCCUUGAUAAUGUAUUUAGAAGAGAGCAUGGAAAGUCUCCUUGUACUUAACUUUUUAUCCCCGGUCAUCAUCAUGAAUGUGCCCAGUCAAGAAAAGAAGAAAAUGUUGGGACAGUGGAAAUCUCUGGGAAAAAGAAAAAACGAAAUUCCUGCGUUUAAUCACUAUGAUCGAGAGAGGAAAAAACAGUCCUUGUCCUUGUAAAGUCUCCUAGAGGCAGAUCAUGCCAAGGACUUCGAACAGUAUGGACAGCAAGAUGAACAGAAAGUAUCCGAUGCUGCAAGUAAAUUAUUUCAUCGUCUUUGCCACUGCUACGAUCAAAAAUCUCCUCAAGAUAGUUGUUUUUUCAACUUAUGUUGUUUUGAGGAAAUAUUGGCACACAUCUUGAGGUAAGAUUACCAGUAUGUUCAAGGACACUGCCUGGGAUCAUUAAUGAAUUUGGCCCAGUGGUAGAGUAGGCUCAGCUCUGUCUCACUCUAUAUCCAUGCUUCAUUAGGAACGUUGCCUGAGGGGAAGGGCUCCUGAUUUUGGAUUCAUUUCCGUAUGACGGGGAUUCCCUGCUCUUCUUGAAUGAUUACUUCCUUUUUCUUUCUCCAAUUGUCCUAAUUUUUUUCUCUACUCACCCUUAUCUCCAUCCCCCUGAGAUCCAGUUUCUGAUGGCUUGAUUCAAAGUAACCCAGGGCCCUUUAUUCCUUCCAUCUUAGCAUACUCAGUUUUCUAAUGAUUCUUUGUGUCUUGAAGACAUUCAUCCCAUCAUCCCCUAAGAAUCUACUCCUCCAUUUCUGCUAUUCUGAAGUGUUCUAGGUUACUGGCUUCCUGAAAGUUCGUCAACUGUAUCACUGUCUUUUGCAGAAAAAGGUUUCCCAGGCAUUGUAACCCCCGCUUUAACUCCCCGCUCUUCUCCCUUUGGCCCUUGAAACCCGCCCACAUGCGAGUACAUUUUAGAUAGAAAUUUAUGGACCAGGUACAUGAUGAAAUGAUGGAACUUCCUUAGGCCGAGUCACCAUCUUUCUUUCUUAGGUGUCUGUAUCCCUUUGAUGUCUUCCAUUGUCUUUCAUUACAGAACCGGACAUCAAAUGGACCAGGAGAUUAUAUAGGACAAUAGUCAACGUGUAAAGCUUUCCUAAUUCAUCUCUGAUUAAUAGAAGGCUGGAAUGAUGAAUUGCCCGUUUUUGUCUAUAAUGAAAGCAUGAUUUAUAGAAAUGAUGAAUGAUCACUAUCGGUUUUUUUCUUAUGUGUAUGAAUCCCUUUGAAACAUUGUUCCCGAUUUUCAUCAUAGAAUCGGGGACAUCAUAUGAGCCAGGAAAUCAAAAUGGAAAAAAGUCAAUGAUGAAAGACUAUGAAUUAGAAGACAGAGAUAACGAAUUGUCUCGGUUUCGUCUAUCAUAAAAGUAUGGUUUACAGAAAACGCCCUCAGGGUGAUGGAAAUCAGAGACUGUCGGUUGGUCUUUCCCCACGUUAGCUUGGCUCGCUGUGGAUUUCCUAUCAUCUAUGAGAGUAGGAGACAAGCGAAGCUGCCUUCCAUGGGCGCGGGUAUCAAUGCCAGGAGCUUCAUAUGAUCCAAAGAUUAGUCUUGUUUUUUUCUCCCCUUCCCAUCAAGAGAGUGGAAAUCUAUUGGGGGUCUCCCAUUUGAAAGCUUUGCCUUUUGUUGUGUUCCUUGUUCUCAGGCGCUGCUUCAUUCGUCCCACAUGUACCAUGAGGCCAAGCAUUCCUUUGCCAGCCAUGGGGUGAAGAUCUCUCAGGUGGAGGUCGACCUGCCCGCCAUGAUGGCCCAGAAGGACAAGGCCGUCUCCAACCUCACCCGGGGGAUCGAGGGCCUUUUCAAGAAGAACAAGGUCAACUACGUCAAGGGGUUCGGGAAGCUCCUCUCUCCCUCAGAGGUCUCCGUUGACACGCCCGACGGCGGCACCACCGUCGUGACCGGCAAGAACAUCAUCAUCGCCACCGGUUCCGACGUCAAGUCCUUGCCCGGAAUUGCCAUCGACGAGAAGAAGGUCGUCUCCUCGACCGGCGCCCUGGCCCUGGCGGAGAUCCCCAAGAAGCUGGUGGUCAUCGGAGCUGGCUACAUUGGGCUGGAGAUGGGUUCUGUGUGGGGGCGGCUUGGCUCCGAGGUCACAGUUGUUGAGUUCGCCGCGGACAUCGUCCCUUCCAUGGAUUCCGAAGUCCGCAAGCUCUUCCAGCGGGCCCUGGAGAAGCAGAAGAUGAAAUUCAUGCUCAAGACCAAGGUGGUCGGCUGCGAUGUCACCGGGCCCGGCGUGAAGCUGACCGUCGAGCCGGCGGCGGGCGGCCCGGCGACCACCCUCGAGGCUGACAUCGUCCUCGUCUCGGCCGGCCGUGUCCCCUUCACCGCCGGCCUCGGCCUCGAGGCCCUUGGCGUGAACAUGGACAAGGCAGGCAGGAUCCUGGUGGACGAGCAAUUCAAGACCAACGUGCCCAGCGUGCACGCCAUCGGCGACGUGAUCCCCGGGCCGAUGCUCGCCCACAAGGCCGAGGAGGACGGCGUCGCCUGCGUGGAGUUCAUCGCCGGCAAGCACGGGCACGUAGACUAUGCGCUGGUGCCGGGCGUUGUCUACACCCACCCGGAGGUGGCGUCGGUCGGGCAGACCGAGGACCAGGUGAAGGCAACGGGCGUGGCGUACCGCGUCGGCAAGUUUCCCUUCAUGGCCAACAGCAGGGCCAAGGCCAUUGAUGAUGCGGAAGGGGUGGUGAAGAUCCUGGCCGAGAAGGAGACCGACAAGAUCCUCGGCGUCCACAUCAUGUCGCCCAAUGCCGGAGAGCUCAUCCACGAGGCCGUGAUUGCGCUGCAGUAUGGGGCCUCCAGUGAGGACAUUGCCCGCACCUGCCACGCUCACCCCACCAUGAGCGAGGCUGUCAAGGAGGCUGCCAUGGCGACCUACGACAAACCCAUCCACAUCUGA